CCAAAAAUAUUGUGGUACUAACUGGAGCUGGUAUAUCUACCUCUGCUGGAAUUCCUGAUUUCCGAAGUCCAGAAAGUGGUCUCUAUGACAACCUUCAGAAAUAUAACUUACCAAAUCCACAAGCUAUAUUUGAAAUUGGUUAUUUUAAGGAAAAUCCAGAACCAUUCUUUACAUUAGCCAAAGAGUUAUAUCCUGGUAGUUUCAAACCGACUAUCUGCCAUUAUUUUAUUAAAUUGCUCUCUGACAAGAACUUACUUUUACGUAACUAUACACAGAAUGUUGACUCACUGGAAAGAAUUGCAGGAGUUCCCGGUGAUAAGAUGGUGGAGGCUCACGGUACAUUCCAUACAGGCCAUUGCCUUGGAGAAUGUCGCAGAGAAUACACCCAUGAAUGGAUGAGGG